AGCGCUCGGCACUAACGUUUCCGUGCUUUUUUGAAACGGAAUGGCACGGCGGCUUGACUCUUGAAGACGUCGUGUUAACUGUCAACAAACUUACCGCGCCGCACGUCAACGUGUAUUAAUAUAGACUCGUGAAUUGCGGUGGAAUUGGGGCUUUUUCGGGGAUUUUAAGUUAUUAAAUGUUUAGGAAAGUACGCUCGGUCGCGAGGUUUAAGGUGUUCGCGAGACAGCUAACUUGGCUCAGCAGCUAAGCUAGCUAGACAGUUAACUAAGCUAGCUGGUUAAAGUGUCUCAACAGACAGCUUUGCGUCUGACAACAUUAUUUAUAACCAUUGAUCACCAUCACCGAUUGGACAACGUGGUUCCUCCUGGUGGUUUGUCAUGGCUGACACCAGCAUUGUGACGUUAGGGGCAGCUCGGAGUCUGCUGGUGGAUUCAUCAGUGUAUGAUUCAAGGAUGGGUGAAACCACGAAGGACCACUUAUUCCUUGGAGUAGCUUGUGACGAUGGUGAAGAUUUACUUCCAAAAGUCGAGACAAGAGUUGUUCUCGUGGGACAAGCGGGUAAAAAUGCUGAUGUGGUCAAAGCCCUGCAGGCCAUACGAGUAAUGGAGGUACCUGUGGUAAAGUUAAGAGGCGGCGAGUCGUGUGCAGAAGACAAAACCAUUAUAAAGUCAAUAGUCAAUAUGGACAUCACGACUCCAUACAUAAUAGUGGACAACAUCCAAGAGUUUAAGGAUGAAGACAACAUGGAAUUUGAGACCGUGUUUGUGCUCGCUGACUUCGACUGUCCAGAUUUCAGUAACCUGUACAAACAGGACAACAGGAUCGUUGGUCCUCCGGUUGUACUGCGCUGUGCUUUAAAGGAUGAGCCUAUCCCAUUUUCGUGUCGCCCUCUGUAUUCAACCACCAUGCUGAACCUAUCGCUGUGUUUCACUGGCUUUAGGAACAAAGAACAAAUGAAAAAGUUGGUUGGUCUGGUUCAUCACAUGGGAGGCAUCAUCCGGAAAGACUUUAGUACUAAGGUCACACACCUCAUCGCCUACUCCACCCACGGGGAGAAAUACAGGCUUGCUGUGUGUAUGGGGACGCCCAUCCUCACUCCAUCGUGGAUAUACAAAUCUUGGGAGAGAAGAAAUGAUGAGUCCUUCUUUGCGGCAGAGGAGGGGUUCCGAACAGAAUUCAAAGUUCCUCCGUUCCAAGACUGCAUGCUGAGUUUCUGGGGUUUCUCAGAUGAAGACCGAGCCAAUAUGGAAGAGAGGACUCUUAAACAUGGUGGCAACUAUCAAAAGGUUGAAAGUGAAAGUUGCACACACAUGGUUGUGGAAGAAAAUUCCGUGAAGGAGCUGCCAUUUUGUCCCUUCAAGAAAGUCUUUGUGGUCAAACAAGAGUGGUUUUGGGGAAGCAUUCAGAUGGAUGCUCGGGCUGGAGAGUCCAUGUAUCUUUAUGAAAAGAAUGACAGCCCAGCCAUGAAGAAAGCUGUGUCCCUCAUAUCCAUUUCCACCCCCAAUAGUAACCGCAAGCGUCGCCGUUUGAGGGACACACUUGCUCAGCUCACCAAGGAAACAGAGAUUUCCCCCUUCCCUCCACCACGUAAAAGGCCAUCAGCAGAACAUUCCCUGUCUAUGGGUUCCUUGCUGGACAUCUCAAACACCCCUGAGACAUGUAAAGCCUUGGCCAGUAUCAGUAUCGAGAGUACGAGGUCAUCAAAAUCUGCAGUCUUGCCCAAGCAGUCAGCACGGUGGCAAGUUUCCAAAGAGCUCUAUCAAACUGAAAGCAACUAUGUAGACAUUCUCAACACCAUUCUCAAGCUGUUCAAGCUUCCACUAGAAAAAGAAGGUCAGGUGGGUGGACCCAUCCUGGCUCCAGAAGAAAUCAAGACAAUAUUUGGCAGCAUCCCUGAAAUUUACGAGGUUCACACCAGAAUAAAGAAUGACCUGGAGGAGGUGCUGAGAGAUUGGUCGGAAGACAAGAGUAUAGGAGACAUUGUCCUCCAAUAUUCCAAAGAGCUGGUGAAGGCCUACCCGCCCUUUGUCAACUUUUUUGAGAUGAGCAAAGAUACUAUUGUCCGUUGUGAAAAACAAAAGCCACGCUUCCAUGCCUUUCUCAAGAUCAACCAGGCCAAGCCAGAAUGUGGAAGGCAGUCACUCGUAGAGCUGCUCAUCAGACCAGUACAGAGACUUCCUAGUGUGGCUCUGCUUCUAAAUGACAUAAAGAAGCACACGUCAGAUGACAACCCAGAUAAACGGACACUGGAUAAAGCGAUUGAGUCGCUGAAAGAAGUAAUGACUCACAUCAAUGAAGACAAGAGGAAGACUGAUGGUCAGAAGCAGAUCUUCGAUGUGGUUUAUGAAGUUGACGGUUGUCCCGCCAAUUUGCUGUCAUCUCACCGCAGUCUGGUUUACAGAGUAGAAACAGUCACUUUGGGAGACCAACCAUGUGACCGUGGUGAACAUGUCACACUCUUCCUCUUCACUGACUGCCUUGAGAUUGCUAGGAAGCGACACAAAGUCAUCAAUACUUUUAAGAGUCCACUGGGACAAACAAGACCUCCACCUCCCCUAAAGCACAUCACUUUGAUGCCGCUUUCACAAAUCCGAAGAGUUCUGGACCUGCAGGACACAGAGGAAUGUGUGAACGCAUUUGCUUUAGUUGUUCGCCCGCCGACUGAACAGGAGAACAUGUUGUUCAGCUUCCAGUUGGUUGGAGAGGACACUGUGAAAAGUGCCUGGCUUCUAACACUUUGCCGCCAUGUCGCCAACACCAUCUGCCGGGCUGAUGCGGGUGACUUGAUUAAAAACACAGACCCAGAUUCAUUACAGGUCAAUACCAAAGAUAUGGACAGCACCCUGAGCAAAGCCUCAAGAGCCAUCAAGAAAACCUCCAAAAAGGUGACGCGGGCAUUUUCUUUCACAAAGACUCCAAAGCGUGCGAUCCAGAGGGCGUUCAUGUCCAGCACUACCCCGGAUGAGAAAAACCCGCGUCUGACUUCUGAAAAUCGCAGCAGUUCUACUCUGACUAUGUCUCGGUCUGCCUCCACGUUCACUUUGAGCGACUGUUCCAAAAGCAGCACCUCAGUGCAACGCUCUAAUUCUCUGGACCACCCUCCUGCUAGUGGCAGACUUCCUGUCUGUGUUCGUAGCCCUUGCAGCUCAGCAAACAAUAGUACUGUCCUCUACUCUGACAUGGACGCCGAAGUAAACCAAAGCCCUAUUCCUAGUUACUACCCCAGAAAGCGAGAGGCUAUAUCGCCCAUCAUCAAAGCUCAGUCAUCAGUCCAACCAGCACAUUCAAGCCUCCCUAUUCCCCAACAUUCUGCCAAUGCAUCUCAUCUCGACCCGGCUUCGGUUUCAACGACCCAAACCAGCUCUCUGCUCAAGUCCAAAACUUUGUCAGAGCAAAUUGAUUGCAGACGUGCUGGGGAGUUCCAGCCAAUGCUCCCAACUCCACGUACCAUCAGCAGGACAUUUUCAGAGUUAUGUAGGGAUGCCAAGAUGUCUUUGGACCCUCUCAAAGCAGUCCAGUCCAGUCCUCGAAGAGAGACGCUGCUUUAAUCCCAGACCAAGCCCAGGUUCAUCAGUAUCAUUUUUCAGGAUAUCCUUCUCCAGUGAAGGCACAUUCUGCGUUUGAGAGGAAGUACCACACAUUCAGUCGAUCAACUACUCAUCUCUUUUGACGUCCUCAAUCAUUGAACGGACAACCACACCCAACUGGCCUUCUAUCUCAUUCAGAAUGCAUAUAUGUAUAUAUAUAUACACACACACAAUUUGUGUUUUUACCAUCAGUUGUACAUUGACUUUAGACUUCCUGUUAUAUACAUUAUAUAAAUACACAUUUAUAUGUAUCCUAGCCUUUUAAUGUUUUAUUAUUCUGUGAGGAACACCAAGUAUCUAAUAUUUGAUGUUUUAUUCUUUUAAACGUUAUACUGUACUAAUACUGAAAAAGUGCAAUAUUUUAUGUAAUAAUGCACUACAGUCUACAUUUUAAUUUUCAAAUAUUCUGUCCCUAUUAUCUUGUGUAUAAUUUCCAGAAACAAGUCUUGUGUACUUAUUUAUUUUUGUGAAAUACAUUUUGUUAUUAAUCUAUAUUAAAUAUAUACAAAUGUC